AUGGCGGACCGCAGAUUGGCCAGGCUGCAGCCUCGACAAGCCGUCUUAGCUGCAGCCAAGGAUCCUCCCGACUCGAUGUUCGUCAUGAAGGUUGCGAUGGCGGCCUUGUCUGACCCUAGGUAUCGUAGGGCGGGUGCUGGAAAGAUAUUCGUAGAGCACCUGCUCACGGGGAGGUCUACGGGUGAUAGGCCUCACUGGGAGUACCCCGUCAUGGGGGUCAUCAAUGUUCUUGCUUCGAUCCUUCAACACAACACAGAAGCACAGGAUACAGCCAUUCGUCAUGCGAUCUAUCCAUUUCGCUCGAGGAUUGUCGACGUGUUGCUCAGAGACUUCCACUACCUCACUCCAGCCGGUGAAUUCGGUGAUUCGAGACGAUGCAUGGUUUCGAAGAUGUUGCUGAUGUUCAUGCGGGAUCCGGAGACGAAACGACAGAUGUAUGAAGAUAAAACUCUGCGACUUCUUGCCCACUGCUGGCUGGAAACAACACCAGAUUUCCGGUUACGCAAAUCAGCGACAAGCGCGAUCCUCGAGCUCACCUACAGGAAGGAUUGCUUCGAAACCACCCCUCCACCUGACUAUCUAGAGAAGCUAUUCAAUGCUGUCAAGAUCCCGAAUUUCGUCUCCCGAAUCAACUUCACACUCAAGAACAAGAACCUGCUCGGAGCGGCUCUGGACCGAGAGAUUGGUGUCCUGCGCAAUCUCACCCAAAUCUGGCUCCCAUUUGGUCCAAAACUGAAAGAAGCAAGCGUUCCGAAGCAAGUUACCGCCGCCGUCCGACGCAUGCCGAAGAACGACCUUUACAGUGAUGAGACCGAGGUUCUCGCCGAGACCGAGAUAUUUAUCCAGAAUAUCAUCUUGCAGGCACCCAAUACCAUGGACACAAUCGUCGACCUGCUCAAGAACACUUUUCUGAUCGAAAUUGCGGCGGAAGCGUUCAAGAUGGCGAAUAGAUCGCCGAAAGCUGGUGUUCUGGACCAAGCCGGCUCGUUUUAUAAGUUCUUCGACAACCUCGAGCAUGCGCUCGUAUGCAAGAAACGUGAAACCUGCAAGUUCUACGUCACCCCCGAGUACCUUGACGCCGCUCGCACCUCCAUCGAACGUAUCGCCAUCCCUACACUCAUCUCGCUUCAAGAGGAAGUCGGGGCGGAGGGCAAAUACCUCAAACUUUGGACCAAUCUCUGCAGGUUACUCGGCAUCAGCGACGCGUCGAUUCGCGAACGCUACCGACUCGAUAAGAAGUGUUGCAACCUGGGCUGUCCGUUCAGGAAUUCCGGGACGCGUAGUGCGAAGAAGAGGACCUGUAUAGUGUGCAAGUCAGUCUUUUACUGCGAUGAGGGAUGUCAAAAAAGCGAUUGGAAGAAGCAUAAACCUGAAUGCUCGAAACUGGCCGGGGCUCUCGGAACCGGCCUAAAUUCUUAG